AUGGAACAUAUCAAGGAUGUUGAUCGACAGCAGAGCAGUGUGACUCAGGCUGUGUCGGCUGUGUCGACUCCACUUACUGACACUUCGUCUCUAUCAGAGCUUUCAGAAACCCCCUCUUCGGAGGUGGGCAGUGUGAGCUUUGAUGGCCCAGGUGUUGCAGACGUGGAUGAAGACUCUGCAGGCGAGUACCGAAGCGACAACAACAACAACACAUACGAUGACCAGAGAGAGGCCGAACGCAAUCUGAAGCAUACUAAAAUCACAUGCGCAAAGGGUCGCCUUGGAGGCACUAUCAGUGACAAUCGUCACAUCAAAGACUCCUGCUGGAAAGUCUGCGACGAGUGCUGCGAAUCCAACAAUGCUAAGUGCGACGCCUUCUACGUCAAAGGCGCAUGCAAACAUUGUGUGAAGCAGGGAUUGAAUUGCACCAAACAUACCGAACCAGUGUCAGAUUGUGUUCCUGAAUUGCUUACAGGUGUACAUCCGCAGCCAUACAAGUCAACUCCAAGGGCUACCCGUGCCGGUACAACUUCGAAGCAAGAUAGAGGCAAACGCAAAGCCACCCAGUCACCAAGCGCUAGCCCAAACUCCAAACCUGUCGUCAAACGCGCAGCAGCUGCUGCUGACAGGGAAGAGAGGCGAGCAAUCGUCGGUCCGGAUGAUAACGCCCUACGUCCAGAUCCAUUGGACAAGUCGCAGUUCACUGCAGACGAGAAGCUCCAGGAACGGAAACGUGCUGAGGAGAACGUUUCGGUCACUGGCAAUCAUGUUCAGAACGAUCAAGAUUUACGAUAUUACGUUCCAACCGCACCGCCAUCUCGACAAACAAUCAUGCCCCAGCGCAGGCAACAAGGUCAAGGACUGUCACAGUCGUCGUUGCCUUCGGGCAUGCUACGCUUGACGCCCGGUCAGCAACACGAUGGUCGCGAUGUCGUGACUGUCGAUGAAGCUCUACGUCGUUGGCCACAAACACACAAUAGUGCCGGUCGUAUGUUUUAUAUCGUGGAUGGGAAUGGAGAGGUCUUGAAUCAGUCCAUGAUCGAGGGUAACGAGCUCCUCCAGAACGUACACCGUCAACAAGCACGUAUUGAAGUAUGGGCAGCUCGGUAUGACGACGCAUUUCGUGUAAACCAGGUGCCUCCACCAGUUGAUCCAGUAUUCCCACAACAGAACGCUCGUCGCACUAGUUUCAACGAGGCACAUCCCCCAGUGUCUCGCCUGGACCGCUUCCGCCCUGUCCAAUCAGCCAACUUCAAGAUCUAUGAAGAUGCUGCUCGUCGAAAGCUGCAAUCAAAAGACUUUGUUGCCAGUGCGCCAGGAUCUCGUAUGCCGUCUCGUCAGUCAUCGCCUCAACCAUCCCCACAUCUAGGCGCGCCGGCACGUCUGCCGUCAUCUGAGCAGUCUCGAGGAAUGAAUCUGGUGUCUCAGACUACGGAGGGACACGUUGGUCGGGAGAUCACUCGGCCCAUCUCCCUGCAACUCUCGACGCCUAUGAUAGCUGACGAGAACCAUCCCGUUCUAAGUCUUCGCAUCCACAGCAACACGUACGAUAUCAACAACACCCCCAUCUUCUCCAUCCUCACGAUUCGCGCAUCACGAAAGUUCGGCCCUCAUCUAGACGCCUAUUGUCGACAGCGAAACAAACAGUACGGGGUAGAUUGGGCGUUCAUCUACCGAUAUGCUCUGGGUGGGCCUCGGGAUGCGCAACGCGAACGUUAUAUCAACAUUGACUACGACAUGACUCCAAACGACGUCCAAGACACCGAGCGCCCCGAAAUCAAACUCCGUGACAUGGACACCCUCAUGGUCAUGAAAGCAAAGUCCCACACGGCAGUCAUGUUCGAGAGUAGUCAUGAUGGAAUAGAGAUUCCACAAUCGCCUAUCGGCUCACCAGUCUCUGAAGAACAAGUCGAUAUCAUCAACGGAGAGACUCCGAUCUAUCAGAACGCUGGCACCAUCGCAAACUGGCACAGCCUUGUUGAUACUAAGAUGGUGGAGUUACGUGGUGAGAUUAUCGGCCUCAGUCAGGAAAAUCAGCUUCAGAAGACAGUUAUAGCGCAGCAAACCGAGAUGCUCCAUGAUCUGGUCAAGCGCAACAAUGAUCUGAUACAGGGUAACUAUGGCCGUGUAACUCGCCGUGUUGGACACGUUCUCCCUUCUACUGCUCAAUACACUGCUAGUCUCGGUACUGUCUCUCAACGUGGUCCAGCAGAUCAGCAUAGCCCUUUUCUAGAUCGCCUAGAAGCUGUUCGCCAACCUACCGAGCAUAUCGCAUUGAAGAAAUCAAACGAGCAAUAUCGCUUCCCAACAUCUGCUCAUGGAACGCAAGCUCGUUCUCCUGUGUAUCAUAGUGGCGCACUCAAGACAUCACCAGAUCUCCAGGAAAGCGGUGUACCUAAGAUGCAUCCUGCGCAGUUUGCUGCUCAUGGUUCAACUCCUCUACUCCAAGGCCCCAACGGCGGCGAUGAUGGCUGGAAUAUGGAUAAAGCUGCAUGAAUUGCUCGGAGCGGACUGAGUGGCAAUAUGGCUUCUCGUGUCCCUUCACUGGGACUGGGAGCAAGCUCAAGACCCACUCUCGAUGAUGUACUUCACACCUCCUCAUCUAAGAAAUGUGAAGCGCUAGUGUUAUUUGCAGGAGGGUUUGAAGUCCGGUUGCCCAUCUCUACAUCCUGAACCUUGUGAACGGCAGCGUCUGCACCUCCAGCACUACCGCCACUACGACGCAUAUGCUGCAAUACGACAUCCAGCAACGGUCAUAACUACUCUCUGUGGAGACGUUUAGUGUAGAU